ACAUGCGCUCUGCAGUUGCCUGGUGCACAGACGUCGCAGCGGUGGGUUGUUGGCUGCGGAGGUUAACGUGAGCCAGUGAGCUAAUGUUACCUAUAUCUGGUAAACCGAGAGUGGUUGGCGUGUAAAGGGGUGAGCCAUCCGUAUAGCAGUCGUGGGGACUUUUAAUGGUGGAUUCACUGAUUAUUUCUCUUGGAGCUGACAGUUCCGAAGGGCUGGGGAUUUGAUAACUAGCGAGACUAGCUAGUUAGCUAACGUCAGUAUCAGUCAUCUGAACUAGCCUCUAGCCAGCCGCUAUUCGAUUCAGUCGUUUUCUCUGGCUAGCCGCUUGCUAAAGCUAGCUUGCUACCUCGCUAGCCAAAAAACCCGGUAACGGGUAACCGGCCUGUUUCCCUACAGAAUCUGCGUGCCUGCCACAGUGGCGUCUCGCACACGAAGACGAAAAAAGAUUGAUUGAAAAACUGGACUAUACGUCGAGCUAGCUGACUGACUGUCUACUCAAGGAAUUGCCACAUCGGAUCACUUCGCUAACAGGCAGCUGUUUGGUUUCAGAUGGAGUACGGACGGGGUUCUCUUGGGAGCAGGGUCGAAAGGAAGACGCGUCUCUGAUUAUUUCCAGCAAAGUAUAUCGAUCCGUGAAAGCGUGACAACCAUCUAGCUAACGUUAGCUAGACGAGCACCUCAUGCGACAGAGCUAAAAGGAACGUCCAUAAUGGAUUUUACCAAACUGGUGACCCUGUGGAUUGUAUGCUUAUGCUUCUUCGGGGAGAGCCGAGGGGAGAAGCCGGGUCAACCCCAGGCAGAUCCGCAGCAGGCCGACAACGAGCUAUCGGACCUGUGCCGGUUCGACGAGCCCCUGUGCCUGGAUGAGAACUCCAUCCUGAGCUUCGAGGCCAUCCGCAGCAUCCACAAGCAGAUGGACGACGACGCCAAUGGCAACGUGGACGUGGUGGAGACGGACGGGUUCCUGAGGGAGGACCUCAACUACCACGACCCCAAGGCCAAGCACAACACUUUCCACGGCGAUGACCAGUUCAUCAGCGUGGAGGACCUGUGGAACGCCUGGAAAGGAUCUGAAGUGUACAACUGGACGGUGGACGAGGUGGUGGAGUGGCUCAUCACCUACGUGGAGCUGCCGCAGUACGAGGAGGCCUUCAGGAAGAUGAACUUAAACGGCACUGCCAUGCCCAGGCUGGCCAUGAAGAACGCCACGCUGACCGUGUCCGUUCUGAAGAUGCUGGACCGCAGCCACGUGCAGAAGCUGCAGCUGAAGGCCCUGGACACGGUCCUGUUCGGAGCGCCCCUGAUGAACAGACAUAACCACGUGAAGGACUUCAUGCUGGUGGUGUCCAUAGUCAUAGGCAUGGGGGGCUGCUGGUUCGCCUACAUCCAGAACCGCUACUCCAAGGACCACAUGAAGAAGAUGAUGAAGGACCUGGAGGGCCUGCAGAGGGCGGAGCAGAGCCUCCAUGAUCUGCAGCAGAAGCUGCAGAUCGCGCAGGAGGAGCACCGCACCGUGGAGGUGGAGAAGGUCAACCUGGAGCAGAAGCUGAGGGACGAGAUCAACUCGGCCAAGCAGGAGGCCCAGCGGCUCAAGGAGCUCCGCGAGGGCACGGAGAACGAGCUGAGCCGCCAGAAAUACGCCGAGGAGGAGCUGGAGCAGGUGCGCAUGGCCCUGAAGAAGGCGGAGAAGGAGCUGGAGUCACGCUGCAGCUGGUCCCCCCCGGACGCUCUGCAGAAGUGGCUGCAGCUCACCCACGAGGUGGAGGUGCAGUACUACAACAUCAAGAAGCAGAACGCCGAGCGCCAGCUCCUGGUGGCCAAGGAGGGGGCGGAGAAGAUCAAGAAGAAGAGGAACACGCUCUUCGGAACCUUCCACGUGGCCCACAGCUCCUCGCUGGACGAUGUGGACCACAAAAUACUGUCAGCCAAGCAGGCUCUGGGGGAGGUGACGGCCGCCCUGCGGGAGAGGCUCCACCGCUGGCACCAGAUCGAGCUGCUGACGGGCUUCAGCGUGGUCAACAACCCGGGCCUGCCCUCGCUGGCCUCCACCCUCAACGUGGACCCCAGCUUCAUGGGGGGCCGCGCCACGCCCCAGCACUUCCUCAUGUCCGAAGACAUGGACGACAUGGACGAGGACAUCAUCGCCCCGGCAACCCUGCAAUACGCCACCUUGCUAAUGGACCGUGGAGUGAGCGACCUCUGGUCCGUCAGCUCCGCCUGCCCCUCCCUGCGGAAACACUCCGCUCCCAGCAUGAUGUCCCUGCGCCAGCGGCACCUGGACGCGCAGCUGACCGCGGGCUCCCAGAGGUUGGUAGAGGGCUGCCUGAUGGCGGGGCAGCAGCAGCAGCAGCAUGCGGGGGCGGGGGCGGGGGCGGAGGGGGGCGGCGGCGGCGGCGGCGGCGGCGGCUCCUACACCCCCAGGGCCAGGAGCUCCAUGCGCCAGUCCCGCAGCCAGUCCUGCAGCCAGACCUUCGCGCCGUUCGAGCCCUUCUCCCUGCCCCCGCUCUCCUCCGCCGUCUCUCAUCCCUCCAUCAUCUGCACCGCCCCGUCUCCUCCUCCUCAGCUUCCGUCUCUGUCCGCCUCCUCCUCCUCCUCGUUGCUGUCCUCCUCUCCUUCUGGCUCCGCCCCUCUGUCCUCCCUGCCCUAUCACACCGCUUACUUCCAGCCCAUGGACACCAUCCCCGACCUCCCCCCACCGGACGUCACCUCCAUGUUGUCCCAGCGCUCCGACAGUUUCGGGGACCUGAAUCGCUCGGACUCGGACUCCUCCCUCUCCCUGUCCCUGUCCCAGGCCAGCGAGCAGCAGCGCGCCUCCUCCUCCAGCAGCUCCCGGAGCCACCCCGCCAAGCCCGCCUCCCUCCUGCACGACACCCCCAACGGCGGGAACCGCCUCCCCGAGGGCGGGGCCUGGGGCGAGGGCGGGGCGGACAGCCCCCUGCCGAAGAAGAAGGCGUACGGCCUGGAGAAGUCGGUCAGCCUCGGCGAGAUCAACAGCUCCCUGGCCGGCCUGUCCCAGUCCGAGUCCUCCCGCUCCCUCAGCCCAAACUCCACCGAACCCGACACGCCCUCCCCCACCGGGGGCCAGGCGGGGCCCGGGGGCGGGGCCGGCAAGGGCCUCACCCGCAUCCCGCAGCUCUCGUCCAAGAAGAGCCCCCUAGAGGAGGACAGUGGCUCCACGGGCGAAGACACGGAUUCCGCCGCCGGCCGUAAGAAGCACACCUUCAAGAUCUUCAAGAAGCAGAAAAAGUGACGGGCCGCGCGGACCGCCUCGCCAGCGGCCCGGCGGGUCUGAAGGCUCCCUUCCCCUCCGUUUCUCCUCUCUUUUCCUGAAGAGAUGUGUCCAAGAAUGGCGUUCAUUUUGUUUAGAUUUUUUUUUUUUUUUUGUCGCCCCCCCUCUCCCUCCACCUCCACUGGUAUCAAAACGGCACAGACGGUCAUCCUUAAUGAGGAUCUGAAGGUCCUUCUUUCUCUGAGGAACUGUGGGAGCAACCAGAAAUUCUGUGUGUCUUUUUCUUCUUUUUGUUGUUGUUUUUUUUUUGUUGUUAAUGAUUUCAGAAUGUUGGGACUAUGGGGGACGGGGGAGGGGCUUGGAUAUGGGAGUGUAAAGUGCUAUUUAUUCUACAGGAAACAGUGCCAGUCCUUCAAGGGGAACUCUUCCUCCCAGAAAGAUUUUAUUUUACUUCCGUCUCAGUUUGCAUGAGUUCACCAGUCUUUGAUUGAUAUUUGAAUGCUCUUAGGUGCUUGCUUGGUUCCUUUUUCUGCUUAAACAAUGCAAAAUAUUACAGCUGUUCUUUAAAAGUUACUUUCCUUUUAUUCCUUUAUUUAUCUACAGAAGACCUCCUGACUUCUGUGUAUGUGUGUGUGUGUAUAUAUAUAUACACACACACGCUGACGACAUGUAUAAAAUGUCUGGUUGUUAGUGGAGGAGAAGCUACAGUCUGUAUUAGUCAAUGAUUAGGGAAACUGUAGAAGGGCUGAAAGAUACUGUAGAAAUCUCCCUGAAUCUACUGUACUACUGCUGAGCCUAAUGAAUGUGCAUCACCCACAAACCAAAAACACAGAGAGCAGCUCAGGAGGCAGGAUGCAGGUGUACCUUCAGAUCGGCAUUAAAAUCUCCACAGGGACAGCGCACACACACACACGACAGCGUGUGUGUGCGCGCGAGAGUGCAUUUGUGUGUGUGUGUGUGUGUGUGUGUGUGUGUGUAUCUACGUGCGCGCGUGCGUGCACUGUGUGCCUGUGUGCGUGUGCUUGUGGAUUUCAGAGAGGGGUGGGAUUCAUGCCUAAAAUUACACAUUUGCUUGACAUGGAUGAACCCAUGGUAAAUACAUGGAUGGAUCAUGGGACACACAUAGAUGUCUGCAUGUAUAUAUAGUGCAGUCCAUUAGUCUUUGGACUAAUACAAUUUAUUUAUUUAUUUUUUUGUUUCUGUUACACAGUUUUUGUUGUUUCUGUUCUUCAGCACACUGGAUUUGAAAUGAAACUGUGAAUAUGGGUUAUAGUGCAGGCUGUUUGCUUUAUGGGUAUUUAAAUCCAUCUCUAGUGAUCUUUGUGGGAAUUACAGUAAUUUUUAUGCAUAAUCCCCCCCCCAUUUCGAAGCGCUGACCAAUGACUUUUGAGGCAUCUGGUUGGAUCUGGGCAGAUAAGAUGUUUCUGUGCACUUAAGAAUUAAUCCCCUUGCUGCCGUCAGUGGUGACCCCAUCAGUUAACGACAAGUGAGCCAGUUCCUGUGGCAGCCGUAUAUGUGCCCAAGCAGAUAGCAAUGCCUUCACCAUGUUUCACAGAUCCAGGUUGGUAUGCUUUGGAUCAUGACCAGUUCCUUUCUUUCUAUUUCAAUCACUUUUGGUACUGGUUAAUACUCAUCUCACAAGAGUUAGUUCCAGAACUCUACGGUUUUUUUUUAAAUUUAUUUACUUUUUAGGAAACUUUUAACCUGACACAUCUAUGCCUACGUCCUGGAGAGUGUUUCUGACCUGCUCGACAGUUGAAAAGCGUCUUUUCUUUACAAUUGAAUUUUUUCUUCCGUCAUCCAGUACCGGGUUCUUCUGUGGUCUACCAGGUCAUUUGCUAUUGCUGAUGUCACCAGUUCGUUCCUGCUUCUUAACAAUGUUACAGUUGAUUUUGACACGCCCAAUGCUUUGGCUAUGUCUCUGAUCAACUCAUGAUGGCCUGCUUUACUGGCAUUGACGCUUCCCUGGUCCUCAUGUUGAGAAACAACAGCAACAGACUCCAAAAGCAAAUGCUGCACCUAGCAUUAAUUCUAGACCUUUUCUUAGCUUUCUUCUGCAUGGACUAAAGAUGCAACCACACACCGUUGGCCAUGAACUAACUGAGCUGCCAGUUGUCCAGUUACUUUUGGGGGUACUCUGUAUUAAAAAAAAGGGCCGAAAUUCUUACAGGGUUCACCUGAUAUGGAUGUUAAUACCCUCAAAUUACAGCUGACAGUCUUGCACUUUGACCUCACAUUCAUUGUUUUAUUUCAGAUCUAAAGUGCUGGAAUAAAGAUCAGAAACAAUAAAAACUGUCGCGGUCCAGAUAUUUACGGACUGCGCUGUAUGUACAUUUAUCUAUGUUGAUGUACAACUUUUUUUAAAUGCACGCACACACACAACUUUACCCAGUUUUAAAGUCACCAAAUGAUGCUAAAUCUAGAAAAAAAUAAAAAGAGAAUCAUGUGGACUAUUAUUGCUCCCAGUAAUUAAGGUUCAUUUAUACAGUAUUGAGGUGUACUACAAAAUGAUCUAAAAAUACCAGCUUGGCUAUAAAUUAAUUGCUAAAUAUUUAAUGGAAAUGCUGAUUAUUGGCUUUAUUUUUCUAGCGCGUUAUCGCUGUGGAUGUGCGGUGGUCACAGAAGUCCACAUACCAAAGACGCGAGGGUUAUAGAGAGAUGAUGUAAUUCUCAGAUUCUUAAGGGUCGGUUUUGACAGGUGUGUCAGUGUUAUAAUGCGUCUUGGCGUGUUUCCAGGGCACGUAUUUUAGCAACUUGUUAAAAUGUUUAGGAACGCCAACAGUUGGCCUGGUUUUCUUGAUUGAUCCCGAGGCCUGUCUGGUCCAAACACACUAGCAAAAAGCCUGCAUCCUCCAGUACUGUAGCUCUUUUCCGAAGCCUGGCAACGUAAGUAACUCUGAGCCGAAACGAUUCUAUUUAUUUCUCCUUGAUGCUGAUCCUGAACGAAACGGCUGUUUGUCGCUGCUGUUAUGUUCCUUCCGGCCUUUCCUCUUGGGUAGGGACGGGGGUGGAAAGCAAAUGAGUUUUCACAAUAGUGCACAUCCAGAAAAACCCCAAAAACCAAGCUUUUGGGUUAAUGCUUACACACCAGUGGUACUGCGCAUACAGCCCUGCAGCUGCUUCUCACAGUAUUCGCUAUACACGUGCAUGAGCACAUUCAGAAGCAGGUUUCAAAUGACACAAAUUGCCAGGUUUUAAAAUGAAUUAUAUAUGGCACACGCUAUAUGCAGAAAACACGAACGGUUUGAAAAGGGGACGGUUCAACGCUUUUGGACUUUGUUGGUUUCUCCCAGUGUUUCCUACGCUGUUUAAUUCAAAGCAGUGUUGUGGGAAACGGGCCCGCGGGAAGCUGCUGUCGCCUCUUCACCGUGAGGUGGCCAGUCACGUUUGCCUCUCCCUAGGUGACGCUUUGAGAAAAGAACAUUUUUCAAGAAGUGUCCCUUUUUUAUUAACAAUGGACACAAAACUUGCGUUGGUUAUCUGUAACGAAGUGUAAUUUGUACCACUUUUGCACGAAGAAGUUAUAUAUCCAACAGAGCUGUCUGUGUGCGUGCUUGUGAGUACGAGUGAGCGCGUGCGCUUCUGAGCAUGCGCGCGCGCCUGUGUGUGAGAGCAUGUGUGUACUUCUGUGUCUCUGUCUCUCUCAAAAUGCAUGUUACCAGCUGAAACGCCUGUUUGGGGACGAGAGAGGGGGCAGCAGCAGCCUUUUAAACCCCUCCUCUCCUCUAAAACCCUUUGUUCUUUCUUGUUUCUUCUUUUCAGCUUCUAUUAACGAAAACAUAUCUUUGUACAGAAAAAACGUUUUGCAACUUCUGUGAUGUUCUAGACUUUAAGUCACUCCUGCAUGAAAGCAAUAAACUAUUUUGAACGAUAAA